CUGCGACCCCGGCGUGCGCUUCCGGUCGCCCUCCGACCCGCCGCCCUCUGCCCCGCCCCGAACGCCAGUGCCCGCGUCGUGGCGGUCUCUCCGACGGCCUGGGGGCUAGCGGGGACUGACUGCGGUGCGCGGCCUGGCCCGCUAGUCAGGAGGGCGGGGGUGCCUUUCGGUAUCGCCUUCCAGUAGCCUCGCCGGCGCCGCCCGCAAGCCCGCAGGCCCAGCCCCGCGCAGAGUCCAGCGAAGUCCGCGGCGGGCGAGUCGGGGGCGCCUGUCGUCAGGGCGCCCGUGGGGCGUGGGGCGUGGGGCGUGGGGCGUGGGGCGGGGACCACGCAGGGGCCUGAACCGGCCCGUCUGCCGCCGUGCGGUCCGCUCCCCGGCACGGGAGCCCUCUGGCACCGCCCGCCUACGCCCCCGCGCAGCCACCGGCCAUGCCCGCGGGCGUGUCCUGGGCCACCUACCUGAAAAUGUGCGCCGCCAGCCUCCUGAGCAUGUGCGCCGGCGCCGAGGUGGUGCACCGGUACUACCGGCCGGACCUGACAAUACCUGAAAUUCCACCAAAACCUGGAGAACUCAAAACAGAGCUUUUGGGACUGAAAAAGAGACAACACAAACCUCAAAUUUCUCAGCAAUAGAAACCUCAAAAUGCAACUCUGCCAAGGACUCCGUGAAUAAUAUUAUAAGUAUUAAAUGUCUAUUUGUAAAGUUUAUUGAGUCAGACUGGUUGUCUUUAAGCACCUAAUGCAAUGCUAACUGCAAGAGGAAGUGCCCAAGUGUUAACUGAUGCGUUGAGAUUUAAUUAUGGAAUAAUCAGUGUUUCUUGAAAGCUGCCAAAGUUUCUAUCAUCAGCUUUUUGAAUGUGGUUGAAUAAAUAUUUUAUGUUGAGUA